GACCCUCAGAUGCAGAUCCUCAGUUUCCAAUAUAUUUGGAAGUUGACCUCCUCCUUCUUCAAAAAUCUGAGGAUUUUAUCUAAAACACGGAGCUUUGUUUUUCUCACCUUGGCUUCAUGGUCCGUGAAUUUCAUUAAUGAAGCCAUGUUUGCCGUUGUUCCUGAUUUCCUGAACCGAACCAGGGCCGUGACAAGCAGUUCGUUUCCCUGUCUGUUGCCAGAUUGUUACUACAGCGACUUUAUGUUCUAUGGUUUGAUUAAAUACGCGGCUGACAUCGUGGGGAUACAAAUAGGAAUGGUGAUCAUCACUCGGUGGUUCAAGAUGUAUCCAUCCGCUGAUCGACUGGUAUCCGGUUUAGGACUUAUGGCCUCUGGAUGUUUCAUUUGCAUCUUCUUUUUCACUGUACAAAGCAGCUUUACCCUUGCCUAUGGGUCCGUCUUUGUAGGUGGCGUUCUACUGAAUAUAAACCAGGCUGUAGCUACUGACAUGAUACUGUCGGUAGUAAUGCCAAAUUCCCGUGGCACAGCAAUAGCCUUGCAGUCUAUUAUAGCACAGUUAGCAGGAGGGGUAUGUGCCCCAUUUAUCAUUCAGAAGAUUUCUGAUGCGAUCCAGAUGUGGCAACCAGAAACCAGCCCAAUGCGCUGCUUGCAAUAUGCCUUGAUAAUAUUGGCAAUUCUGGCAUUGAUUGGAGGAUGCUUCUUCCUCUGCACAAACUUUUGUAUUGAAGAGGAUCGGAAAGUAGUUGAACAGGCCCGCGCCCCAAGCCCACCACCUGAAUUGAACCUACAGGACAUACUGGUGUACGACUCUGAAGAUCCUGGAUAUGCUGCUCAGCCUUCUCUAGAAUUGGCUCCUGAGUCUCCAGAUCCUGCUCCAGAACUACCUGCUCAGCCUGCAGAUCUUGAUACAUGCCGGUUCUGCUGCUUUCCGUUUCUAGGACUGGCUCCUAAGCUUUCAAAUCCUUCUCCAGAGAUACCUGCUCAGCCUCCAGAUCCUUCUGUAGGACUGGCUCCCGAGCCUCCAGAUCCUGCUCCAGAACUACCUGCUGAGCCUCCAGAUCCUGAUACAUGCAGGUCCUGCUGCUUUCCCUUUCCUAGGACUGGCUCCUGAGUUUCCAGAUCCUGCUUCGGAGAUGCCUGCUCAUCCUCUAAACUAUAGACAGGGAGA